GGAAAUCACCUCCAAAAUUUCCCUUCUCUUUCCUUAACUUUUCCUGGUUUCUUUCUUUGUCUGUUUUUCUUCAGAUUCUUCAAUUCAUCUCUGUUUAAUUACAACCCAAAAAUGAAGAAAAAGGCUUCCGCUUUCUUCAAGAAAGUGAUUUGCCUAUUGAGUUCUAUCGUUAAAGCAAAAUCCAUGUCUGUCAAGAACAAAACCAGCGCGGUCAAGGCUCGCCUCAUUAUGUUUUCUUUAAUGAAGAACAAGAAAGUUCUUCUCGGCACGAUCUCGAACAAGAUUCAUGGCCUCCUCGGUCACCACGAUGAUCAUGAAGCUGAUCAGAGCAAAGCCAUUGUUCUCUACAAUGCCAUCGCUGCCACGGAGCCAACUCAGUCGAGCUCGAGCUAUACGCAUCAGCUGGAGUACUAUAACAGCGAUAAUGACAACGAUAACGAGAAGUAUCCAGAUCUUACUCAUUCGUUAUUCAACGAAGAGGGUUUCGAGUUCGACGACGAUGACGAUGACGAUGAUCAAGGCGGGUCGAUAAUCGAUCUGGUGAAGAAUUCUAAAGAAGAAGGAGGGGAGGAUUUCAGCUUGGAAGAAGAGAUUGAUCAUGUUGCGGAUUUGUUCAUAAAGAGGUUUCAUAAACAGAUGCGUUUACAGAAGCUUCAAUCUUUCAAGAGGUUUCAAGAAAUGCUUGCCAGAGGCGUCUGA